CUGGGACGCCGCCACCGCCGCCGCGCGGUCCCUUGCCUCUCGUGGCCUGCGCGCACGCACGAGCCUGCCUUUGGGCUGAGACUAGGGAAAAGGCGCGCGGAAGCCCCCCGAGCGAGCGAGCGAGCGAGCGAGGAGCGGGAGGCCAGUCUGCCAGGGACGGGGCGGACGGGAAGGGGCCCAUGCAGGAGACUAACUUCUUCUUGUCGGCCCUGCAGCCGGAGGAUGGCGUCUGCUCCCUGGCGCUGCCCUCGGACCAGCAGCUGGACAGGAAGGGCAAGGAGGCGCCCGACAGCGAGCAGCUCAAGAGCGCCCGCGUCCAGGAGCAGGUCCGCCUCCGGAUGCUCCAGAAGAGCCACUCCAUGCCCCGCGCCAACGGGCCCGCCGCGACCGGCUACGCCGAGCUCAAAGGUGGAAGCUCCUCCAAUGGCCAAUAUAGCACUCUGCAAUUCAGUUCCCGGUCCCAAACAAAUGGCACAGACCACAAGAGCUCUUCAAUGCCAAAGACAGGUUACAAUACCAUGAAGACUACCAGCUGGUCCUCCCGCUCAGCAGUGGAUCUCAGGCCUAACAAGAGGAUGGCCACUGUCAGCAAUGGUGUUGGGCCAAAGGGCCCAAUUUAUAGCACAAAUUACACCCUGUCUCAAGCUACCAAUUCAAUGAUCCGCCCUAGAUCUUUCCAUGAGCGUAAUUACCGGCCUCGACAGAACUUUGACACCAUGUCCCUGCACUCAUUGCGCUUAGUAGAUGGGCCAGGCAGCCCUGGUGGCCUGGAUGACCACUACAGCAUCAUGUCAGAGCAAGUGGACCCACUUGCCCAGGCCGCCCUCUACAAAAACAGAAGAGGAGGAGGAGGUUUCAGCAGAUCGUAUACUUUUGAAAGGCAGAUGAGUGCUGGUUCCAAUGCUGUCCCAAAAGGACCAGUUGACUGGAUGGAUGGUGUGGAAGCUCCCCAGAAUAGGACCGUCAUCCGUGCACCAGCCAUGCGCACAUUGCAACGUUUCCAGAGCAACAACCGCUCUCGGUUCAGCGGUUCCUUUGGUGGCCUCCAGGGUUCUCAGGGGAUGGUUGGAAACUCCUACACAGGAAUGGUGGAACGUACUUCCCGGGCCCCUUCUGUGCGCAGCUUGACUGAAUCCAACCACCAUUUGCAAGAUCUGCGAGCUAUUGACAUGUACGAUGGUCACAAUGCACUGAUGACCCAACAGUCCUUCUCUAGUGGGUUUGAUGACAUUGAUCUUCCGUCAGCAGUGAAGUACUUGAUGGCCAGUGACCCCAACCUGCAGGUUCUUGGGGCUGCCUAUAUUCAGCACAAGUGCUAUAGUGAUAACGAUGCCAAGAAACAGGCUCGUAGCCUCCAAGCCAUACCCAAACUAGUGAAGCUCUUCAACAACUCCAACCAAGAGGUGCAGCGCCAUGCCACUGGUGCCAUGCGCAACCUCAUCUAUGACAAUGCUGAAAACAAACUAGCCCUAGUGGAGGAGAACGGCAUAUAUGAGCUGAUGCGCACUUUACGUGAACAGGAUGAUGAACUGCGCAAGAAUGUUACAGGUAUCCUCUGGAAUCUCUCCUCCAGUGAUAACCUCAAGGACCGCCUGGCUCGUGACACCCUGGAACAGCUCACCGACCUGGUCCUGACCCCUCUGUCUGGCUCAGGCAAUGCUGCUAUUAUCCAGCAAAAUGCCUCCGAAGCAGAAAUUUUCUACAAUGCCACUGGAUUCCUCAGAAACCUUAGUUCUGCCAGCCAGCAAACCCGGCAGAAGAUGCGUGAGUGCCAUGGCCUGGUGGAUUCCAUGGUCAACUAUAUAAAUAGCUCACUGGAAGUGGGCAAAUCAGAAGACAAGAGCGUGGAGAAUGCUGUCUGUGUACUGCGCAACCUUUCCUAUCGCCUCUAUGAUGAGAUGCCUCCUUCCUCACUCCAACGGCUAGAAGGGCAUAAGAGGAGUGACGGGGCUUCCAUGACAAGUGAGCUGGUUGGCUGCUUCAGCCCACAAAGCAGGAGGACCCGAGAGCUCUACAUGAAUUCAGAUAUUGUGACCUUUACAGAAGUCUCCAAGGAUCCUAAGGGAAUGGAGUGGCUUUGGAACCCACAGAUUGUUGGAGUCUACAACCGGCUUCUUCAGAGAUGUGAGCUAAACAAACACACUACAGAGGCCGCCUCAGGGGCUCUUCAGAACAUCACUGCAGGAGAUAGAAGGUGGGCAGGUGUCCUGAGCAGAGUGGCUUUGGAGCAAGAGAGAAUCCUCAAUCCAGUGCUGGACAGAGUCCGCACGGCCGACCAUAACCAGCUUCGCUCUCUAACGGGUCUAAUUCGCAACCUGUCCCGGAAUGCACGCAACAAAGAUGAGAUGUCAACCAAAGUGGUGAGCCAUUUGAUUGAGAAGCUCCCAGGUAGCUCUGGAGACAAGUGGCCUCCAACAGAUGUGGUUGUCAACAUCAUUGCAGUGCUGAACAAUUUGGUUGUGGAAAGUCCCAUUGCUGCCCGUGAUAUUGUCUACUUUGACGGCCUGCGGAAGCUCUUCUACAUCAAAAAGAAAAGGGACAGCUCAGAGAGUGAGAAGUCCUCCAGAGCUGCUACCAGCCUCCUGAGCAAUAUGUGGCAGUACAGUAAGCUUCAUCGGGACUACAAGUCGAAGGGCUAUCGAAAAGAGGACUUCAUAGGCCUAUAAAGAAAAGAGCACGAAGAAAAUGGACUGUUCAGACCUAAUUCUUCCACACACAAAAAUGUCUAUAAAGCUCCAGCAUGAACUGUGGCCUCUCCUUCAUGAAACUUCUUCUGCACAGUGCCUUCUUUUGUAUAGAUCUCAGUCCAGUCUGCCUGAUGUGCAUUUUUGCAUUCUUUUUUCUUUCUUUUUCAAGCCUCUUAAAAAGUUCAUUUGCCUUUCCUGACCACUUUAUCUCACAAAGGCAUUUCUUCACUCUAAAGAUGCAAGUCCAAGCAAAUUCUCAGGGCUUCUUGAGUCUGCACAAAAAAUUCAUGUACUGAAUGCUCAAAGACCUCCAAGUUUCUUUGGAAACUGUGGGUGCUGAUGUCAGAGCAUGACUUCCAGGCUUGCUCAGGAUGCUGAAGGAAGGCCUCCAAGGUGCUUGAGUCAUCCCUGGCUCCUUCCGUCUGGCUUAGUUUGUGCCUCUUGCUCUCUUCUCCCAAUACCGUUGCUGCCAGUUGCUUGUGUUAUUCCUACAUCCUGUGGAACCUUUAAAAAAGAAUGGUUUGCUUUCAGUUUUAAAGAAUUUGGGGUGUCUUAUUAUGAGGAACAAAAAGAAUGAAUAGAUUUUCAUGAUAAACAAGUUUAUGUCUGGAUUAGUAGGAAAAAUCCACUUGUUGCUAGUGACUCAAUCAAAGUUGAUGGGACUUGAAGGGCGCUGGCAAGGUUCAAAGUUGCACUUACCAAGAAGUAGGGAAACAUGUUUUGUAGUAUAAAUCCAUACACAGCUUAAGGAUUUGGGAUUACUUUUUCUGGACUACAACUUCCAACAAUCAACAGACAUGCUGGAUUGUGAAGGUCUGGGAGUAAUGAUCCACAAAUGCAACUUUUCCAUCCUUAAAUGGAGAUAAGUGGUGGAAGUUUUCAUUAAUUUUGUCAAUUAGGUCAGAAACAAUAAGGGUUGUGAAGACAGAAUUAUCUGAUGAGACACAUAUCCAUUAGCUCUAAUCCUCAUUAGUUGAUACAGAGUCUGUGAAGCAAGGUAGAGAAUUUCAGGCCUUGUGGCAAAAUCUGGCCUUCCCAAAAUCCCAAUCCAGCCCUUCCCCAUAAUAACUGCAUUUCAUGAUUCUUUAGUUUUUGUACGAGACUUUUCCCAUUCUAAAUGGCUAAGAUAUUUAAGUUUGAAUAUAUUGAUAUUUUUGAUGCUACAUUAGACCACUUAUGUUAUGCGUGAACACUUGUGACCAGAUGUGGCCACUAUCCACUACUGAGAAUUUUUCUGAAGAUUUUUUUCAUGCUAAGAAAUCCUCUCCCUUAGUAGAAAAUAUGUUAAGAGUAAAAUUAUGGAAAAUGAGCACUGGCUGCCUUACAACCUGCUGUCUAGAAUGGCAUUCUCAAGUUGGUCUUUGGUGGUGGUCUGUAUAUCAUCUCUUCAAGUUGGCCAUCUUGAGGUGGUCUGUAUAUCAUUUUACUCCCUCCGUGCAGCUGAGAUAGUCUUGGCGGAUGUGAAGUGCCAGGGAUUGCACCACACUGAAAUGUAUUUAAAUACAAGGUAAAGCUUUGGACCACAAUGUUCAUCUAGAAAUUGAAUGUUGCCAGGUUAACAGCACUGGCAAUAUCUUCAAUAGCCUUGAUGCUCACGCUGUUAAAUAAGGGAAACUCCUUUGUUAUGAGAGUGCUAUCCAUAGAUAUGAAAUCUCUUGUUAUAUAGGGGAAAGCACCUAUUGUGAGCCUCAGGCCGAACUCUUAACAGCACAGCACCAUGUUUGUAUUUAGCAUUUUCCUCUAACAUAGUGGGAAAGAGCUAUUUCCCAGAAGUACAAAUAGUAAGAUACAUGAAGGCUGGCUCAUUGAGUUAGAGUUGCGGGAUGAGUAUUAGAACAGGCACCUUUUCUUAGUUGUACGAGACCUGAAAAUCACAAAGAUGGCUUUGUGUGUACUAAAGCUGUUCCGUAGCUAAUACCCCAUUACUGCUUCUUGCUGUGUUAAGCAAAAAAAAAGCAAAAUCAAGCAAGGAACCACGUGGCUGGGUUCUUUAAAAAAACCCAUAGCACUACCACACACAGAGGGGAAUAAGCAUAGCAUACUAGUAGACACAGAGGGAAAUUUAAUAAAGGUACCCUACCUAACACAUAAUUAAAUGUCCUGUUGUGAGCAAAGUUGUUUUUGUGUUCCAUUAUCAACUUUAUUAGAGUAUUCCUUCAGCAGACUGGAUCAAAGGACAAUAUUAUAAUCCUACUUAUGUAUACCACAAGUUCCAGGUUGUAGAUUCUGAUGGCAGUUCCACUACAAAGAUGUGCAUUAUGACUUACAGAAAGCAAUAUUGGUGUGCCUUAGCCCGCCAAUCUCCCAGUUCUCAUCUCCCUUCACUAAAAGCCACUGACAGGAUUUCUUUUACUUGAAUAGUUGCAAUCUUGACUCUGCUGCCUUUCACAUAAGCCAGCAACAGCCUUUGGGAUCCAUCCAUAUCAAAGGAAGGAUGCACACUGUGCCUUUCAUGAUGGGCCUCUGGCUCUAAUACUGGGAGUUUGGCUUUAAGAUUGUUUCUGUAAAUGUUAAAAUUUGGAUAUAGUAUUGAUUGGUGUCCACGUUUUGCUCAAUCUAAUGGGUAGCCCAUAUGGUUCCAAGGGGCAAUAAAGGUGUGAGCAAACUGUCCUGUAUAUACUGUAUAUAGAAUAUGUCCUUCUCUAAAACUAUAAGGGUUUGCAUGUCAUUUGGGGUGGGUUUCGGGGCUGCUUUAUCAGUGUUUUGAGGGGGUGUUUUCCUUUAUGAAUCUUAACUCCAAGGCUCUGAAGCCUCACCUACUUUACAUAGCUUUCUGAAAAUCAGAAUUAGGUGGUGGAUGCACAGAACACAAGAAAGGAAGCGGGUUUUUGUUGGUGUUCAGCACUUGGCAUCUUACAUUUGAAAAAAUCUCCUGGAAAUAUCUCGCACCAGUUCCUGGAUACAGGAGUUGAAACCUUGUUCUCAAUAUCUGGCCUUCCAGAUGUUUUGCAUUUCAGUUCCCAAAACUCCCAGAAUGUUUGGGCAGAGCUCAGGCAUUCUGAGAGUUGAAGUAAAAAAAAAAACUUGGAGGAUUAAAGCUUAAAAGACACAGCUCUCUAACUUAAAAAGAAAAAAACUAUUCCUAUGGCCCAAUUUGUGGAUAAAAUAGCACUACAAUAAAAAAACACACUAUGAACAAAGCAACUAAGUACUGUUUGCUUAUAUGAAUGCAAUUCUCUAAGGAAUGAAAUGGACUAUCUUGGAGAAUGGACUUUGAAAUGGACUUUGUUGGGGAAAACCUAGACCAUAAAGCCUUACAACAUUGCCAUUGGCUUUAUUUUAUGAGAGGAGAUCAAGCAUGGAAGAAUAGUGGCAUAUGCACAAGUAAGCCUGCAUUACACCUGUGUAUGCCUUUUUGGGAAUCAGUUGGAGGUGGGGAUUCCCUUUCUCCGUCCACAACAACCAAAGCCCCCCCCCCCCCCCCCCCCCCCCCCCCCCGGACCUAUUAUAGAGUCAUUGCACAGAGAUCCAGAGGGGGAAUGACACUGUCUUGCAGCUGUUGCAUUGUAGCUCCUGGAAUCUCCCAUCAUUGCCUAUGCUGACUAGGGCAACUAGAACCUGCAGUUCAACAAGAAAUCCCACCUCUACAGGAUAAUCAGAUGCAAUGGGAUAUGGGGUUAGUAGAUAAAAGACAGUGAUUGAAUGCUUCAGCUUUUCUAAUACUUGCAUUAACAAUGUGCAUCUGCCAAAAUUCUGUCUCCUAUGCAGUAAUAAGUUUUUUAAACCCUGUCAUUUUUUGCAUUGGUUUGCUUGCACUCAUGUAGAUGGACUUUGUUCUGAAUGUUAACUCUGCAUGAGUAACAUACAGGGGACAAUAACAGAACAAACUCUUGCCUAGUUUGGGCAUGCUCAACUUUGUACUUCAGUGCAUGUUGUUGUAUGUUCAGCAGGCUCCUUCAUAUUAUUAAAUAAAUAUAAAUGCUUUGACCAUU